AGAGAAUUUAAUAUGAUGACGGGUCUAUGGAGUUCUCAACCAGAGCCUAUUGAUUUGGUUGGGAAUAGUAGGUUGUUGGAGAAGUUCUUCGAACAAAAAAAGUGUAUUUAUAUAAGUGACUUAGAGGACACAUUUGUGGAAUACGAGGGGGAUGACGAUGACGAUGACGAUGACAUAGUUAAAUUAGCUCUAGUUUACUUUAUAGAGAUGUCAUUGUUAGGAAAAGAUAGGCGGACGAAAGUGGACCGAACUUUAUUUAGGAUUGCAGAUGAUUGGACCACAUUUAACAAUUACGAUUGGGGAGGGUUGGUUUUUGGACGUACACUUUCUGCCUUAAAACGAGCCUUGGACAUGCAACAUGCCAAGGGAAAGAAUAAAUCAACUAAGACAAAAUAUACUGUCAUGGGAUUUCCGCAGGCGUUACAGGUUUGGGCAUAUGAGUCUAUACCAACCAUCACUGAAUGUGGUGUACAUAAAGUAAGCAACGAUGCAAUACCACGAAUGCUGAGGUGGGUGUGCGAACUAUCGCCGAAGUCUCAUGUCCUACAGAGGCAGGUGUUUGACUCACCAAUGUUCUUAAUUAACGUGGUAAUUGAGAUGAUGCCUGAAGAGGAGGAGCAUCUAAGAAUGUCUUCAGGGGAACUUGUUGAGAAAACUCAUCCAUAUAAUACCGUUUCUGAGAAGAAUGGUGAUUCAAAACGACCAGGAGAAGCUAGUAAUGAUGACAAUGACUGCAAAAAGAGUAAGAAAAAGAAGAAGUGGAAGUCUAAGAUGAAAGAAGUUGUUCGAAAACUCAAAUAUCGAGUAGCGGUUCUCGAGAAUGAACGUGAAAGCCUAAAAUCAAUGCUGUCGACUAUAUUGAAACACCUUGAAGUUCAAAAAAAGGGUGAAGAAGGAGACUGCACGGGAGUUGAAGGUCAUGAUGCCCAGACCGAAGAUGUUGACACACCCGGUACACCUUGGUUGAGGAUGCCCAAGGAGGAUGACACAAGUGAUGGGGUGAAACACGUUGAACUUCAAAAGCAGGGUGUCGAAGCAAACCGCACGGAGGAUGACACAAUGGACGAGUUGGAUAAGAAGGUUCAUAUUCAUUCGGAGGAGCCAAUAGACGUCGUUGACGAUUUGAACGAGGAAAUUGGAGUAAAAAGUCUUACUUAUUUUGAUUCAGACGUCAUGGAAAUAGAACCAUUAUCCACUGAACGACCACAUGUUCGGCCCGCACGUAGGCAAGUGUAUACUUGUCAACCCCCUUCACAGCUUUAG